GACGAGUAGUUUCCGUUGGUUCAAUCAACAUAAAUCCCGAUUUUAAUGCGAGAACGAAUGACUACGAUAUAUCCAUUUUAAAACUAACAUCGUCCCUCGCCUUUAGUAAUAUGAUAAAAUCAAUUGAUAUGAUUGCUGACGGUGAGGCUGUGGAACCGUUGACUCAGGUCAUCGCGACCGGCUGGAAUAGUGCGACCAAUGACGAUUUAAACUCUAACGAAUUAGUUAUCGUUUCGGAAAAGGAAUGUCGUCGUUUGUACGGAUUAAAUGCCAUCACGCCAAAUAUGAUAUGUGCAGGCGGUGGAACCGACGGAGUUAGCGGUGGCGAAGAUACUUGUCUCAUUGAACCAGGUACGAUGUUGAUUAUGGAGAAAGCCACUAAAGAUUCAGCUGGA